UUUGCCCUUUAAUACUCCCCAGCCAUAGCAAUGGUGGGCAACUAUUUUCACAAGAGGAAAGCCCUGGCAUAUGGAAUCGCCAUGUCAGGCUGUGGCAUUGGGACCUUCCUCCUCGCUCCCGUGGUCCAGCUUCUCAUUGAGCACUUUUCCUGGCGCGGCGCCUUGCUCAUCCUGGGUGGUUUUGUUUUGAACCUCUGUGUCUGUGGUGCCUUAAUGAGGCCAGUUGCAGGAAAAGAGGACCACAAGAAUACGCUGGAAUUCCCUGAGCAAGACUUUGAGCUGGAAGUGCAAAAGCCAGGCUUCGAGCAGUGGUCCUUCUGCUCCUCUGUGAUCAAAAUAUGGUCGCACGAGUGUGUGUGCCGCUGCUCGCAACAGGAGUGCAACUUUGCGUUGAUGCCAGACUUUGUGAUGUUUGCAGGCUCCAUCUUAUUCAUGGCUUAUGGCUGCAGUCCACUCUUUGUUUACCUAGUGCCUUACGCGUUAAGCGUCGGAGUCAGCCACCAACGGGCGGCUUUUCUCAUGUCUGUCCUUGGGGUCAUCGACAUCGCUGGCAAUCUUACUUUUGGAUGGCUCAUGGAUCGAAGGGGUUUGAAGAAAUACCGUUACGUUUGCUACCUCUUUGCAGUGGCAAUGGAUGGGCUCUGUUGCCUCUUCCAUCCAGUUCUCCAAAGCUUUCCCCUCCUGCUGCCUUUCUCUUUCACCUUUGGCUAUUUUGAUGGAGCCUACAUCACUCUAAUCCCGGUGGUGACAACAGAUGUCGUGGGGAGUGCGUCCUUAUCCUCCGCCCUUGGCAUGGUCUACUUCCUUCAGGCAAUCCCUUACCUGAUCAGCCCAUCUGUUGCAG